AACUCAUGACGCUCUGAUUGGCUGGGCGGAAGGAAGAGGCUUGUAGGCUCGGGGAUGGAGUCCCGGAGUGACCUGGACUUGGGAGCUGGGUGCCUGCAGCGGCGGCAGGAUUCUCCAGAGCCAUGUUGUCACAAGUCCUGCUGGUGUCCGCUCCAGGGAAGGUCAUCCUUCACGGAGAACAUGCCGUGGUCCAUGGAAAGGUAGCCCUGGCUGUGGCCUUGAACUUGAGAACAUUUCUCCGGCUUCAACCCCACAGCAAUGGGAAAGUGGGCCUCAACUUACCAAACGUUGGUGUCAAGAGGGCCUGGGAUGUGGCCAGACUUGAGCAGCUGGACACGAGCUUUCUGGAGCAAGAAGACAUCGUGGCGCCCACGCCAGAGAUGCUGGAGAAGCUGAAGGAGGUGGCAGACUUCCCUGUGGACUGCACCAGCCACGAGCGACCAGCCGUGCUGGCCUUCCUUUUCCUGUACUUGUCCAUCUGCCGGAAGCAGAGGGCCCUGCCCAGCCUGGACAUCACGGUGUGGUCGGAGCUGCCCACCGGGGCCGGCUUGGGCUCCAGUGCCGCCUACUCUGUGUGCCUCGCAGCUGCCCUCCUGACCCUGUGCGAGGAGAUUCCAAACCUGCUGAAGGACGGGGAGGCCACCAACAGGUGGACAGCAGAGGAUUUGGAAUUAAUUAACAAGUGGGCCUUCCAGGGCGAGAAGGUGAUUCACGGGAACCCCUCCGGAGUGGACAACGCCGUCAGCACCUGGGGAGGAGCGCUCCGAUACCAACAGGGAAAGAUUUCAUCCUUAAAGAGGCCGCCAGCUCUGAAGAUCCUGUUGACCAACACCAAAGUCCCUCGCAGCACCAAGGCGCUCGUGCUCAGUGUCAAGAACAGACUGCUCAAGUUCCCGGAGAUCGUGGGCCCCCUCCUGACCUCCAUCGACGCCAUUUCCCUGGAGUGCGAGCGGGUGCUGGGAGAGAUGGCGGCGGCGGCCCCAGCCCCAGAGCACUACCUCGUGCUGGAAGAGCUCAUCGAUAUGAACCAGCACCAUCUGAAUGCCCUCGGUGCGGGCCACAGCUCACUGGACCAGCUUUGCCAGGUGACCAUGGCCCACGGACUGCACAGCAAACUCACUGGCGCCGGUGGCGGUGGCUGUGGCAUCACACUCCUCAGGCCAGAUCUGGAGGAGCUGGAGGUGGAGGCCACGAAGCAGGCGCUGAUCGGCUGUGGGUUCGACUGCUGGGAAACCAGCAUCGGUGCGCCUGGCAUCUCCAUCCACUCGGCUGCCUCCCUGGACACCACCGUCCAGCGAGGCCUGGAUGGCCUCUGAGAGGAGCCCGUGCUGCCGCAGCCCCACCAAGGAGCCCCUUCCUGGACUGUUCUGGGGGCUGGAGUUGGCCUCUGUGCCGGCCAGUGGGCACCCAGCUCCUGACACCGACAGAGGCCUCCAGCCCUCUAUGAUGUCGCUUCCGCUGGCUGUGCCUCUGCGGUCCUGCCAGUGGGACCUGAACCAGCAGUGGACCGGGCUGCCCAGGAGAUGUGGUCCGUGUUCUGCGUUCCCACGAGCCGGCUGGUCGGCGGGGCUGUGCACGGCCCUCUGAGGCCGCUGGCCCGUGACGUGAGGUGCUCUUUCUGGCUCUCCCGGAGGCUCCCCCAGACCCUUCUGCUUCGGGCCUCUGCCCUCACCUCGAGCUCCCUGGCCGACCUGGCAGAGCGCUCAGAUGCAGAGGUCUGGCUGCUGGAGCCGCGUGCCUUGCCCCUCUUCCACCUCUGCACGCCUGCCUGACCCCUGGCAGGGUGACCCUCGUCUCCUCCCUCCUUUCACACCUUCGGUCUUUUUAGACCUUCAGCGCUUGGUGAGGCCUGCUCCUCCCUCCGGCUGGACUGUGGGCUCCCCUAGGGAGCGUCCAGGUGGUGGUCUUUGCCUUCUGCCCUGCAGCCCGAGGGUUGACCAACGGCAGGGUCAUUGUGCAGUUUCUUCCCGUCUGUGCCCGAGGGGUUUGCAGAAAAGAUGGCAAAGGUGGAAUAAAAAGGUUCUGAGUAAA